AACAUUGUGAAAGGCGAAAGGGAGUCUAUCAGAAACCUCCUCGAAAUAUUUGAUGGUUUGUUAGAGUAUCUUACAGAAGAAGUCAGUGAAUCUUCUUCUCAGAAUGGAGAUGAGGCGAAUGUGCUGUCUAAUAAUGAAAUUCAAAUUGCAUCUCAAGAGCCGCUGGAAAGCAAUGCUGGUCAACUUAUGCAACCUUCAAUAUUCUCAUCAGUUGAAGGGUCCCAAUCAGAAUCCGUUGUUCCAUCUUGUGAUGUAGAUGGAUCGGAAUCUACCAGUGAAUUAAUUAGACUGGGAGAUACUGCUCAUUCAUUUUCCAAGAGAGAGGAAGAAUUCCAGGUGCCUGAAUUGUUACCAGCAGAAAAGGACAAGGGGGUGGAAGAAUCUAAAAACACAGAGGCUAUUGCAACAUUACCUAGAUGGUUCUCUGAAACUGAAAGGGCUGUUGUAAAGGAAAAAGAAGAUGGAUCAAUGGAGUCCAUUCAUAUGACUGAACCUCAAAAAGAGAGUUUGUGUGCCAGUGCUACAAAACUUGGGGAGCCUAUACAGCAAGCUAUUCCUUUGCUACCACCAUUUCAGCCUGCGGAAGGCAGACCUCGUUAUCCUGGAUGGAGAGACUAUCAGAGCUCAGACAGCCAGUCAGCAACUUUGGCUAACAGUGAAGGAGUGAAAAUUCCUACUCUUGAGGAGUCACUUACACAAAAAUCUGAAGAGGUUUCUGGUAGUCUUCCUCUAUCAAGGAAGAUCCCUGUGGGAGACCAGGUGGUAUCGAAUGAUGCUGAAGACCAUGUUGCAAAGGUUCCCUGGGUAUAUGGGACUUCAUCUGCUUCCUCUUUGCAUCAAAAACUGUCACUACAGGCUGAACAAGUAACACAAACUCCAAGACCUGAAUCUAGAUAUCUGCCUAGAAAGAAAAGAUACGAAAAUUCUACCACAGAUUCACUUGAAGAGUCUCUUUCCUACAGAACAACAAAGGAAAAGCUAUCUGAGCAAGAGCUUCAUAAAGUGUCAGAAAAACUCUCUCAUGGGUUAAAUGAACUAGAUUUAAUGUUAAAGAGAGCUUUGGGCGGGCACACUAGAGAAGAAGAGUUGACAGAUGAAGACAACCUGUCUCAGCACAGUGACAGCGUCAUGGAUUAUCGUCGAAGGAAAGCUGAACGAGACACACAUCUAAGGUACCCAAGCAGGCCACGAUCCCUUUCUCCAUCCUCACCCUCAUCUCAGCAUCAACUCUUUUCCGAGUUGGACGAUAAACUUUGUAGUAAUGAAACAGGACAAAUAAGGAAAAUACACAGACAGCUGCAAAAAGAAAGGGAUGAAAGAAGAAAAAAAGCAAAGAUGGUUGCUAAAGCUUAUGAAGAUGAACUAAGAAUUUAUGAAGCUAGGGAGAGGCUUAGACUUUCCAAGCUCAGAGAAGUCAUGAAGGAAAUGGAACAAGAAUACAAAGAAAACAUCUUUAAAGAACCUCCAAAAAUGCCUCAGCCAGUGAAAGUUUAUUCUAGAAAAACCACACCUCGGAAUCCCAAAUACAGCCAGUGGAUUCCAAAACGAGGGACUGUGAAGCCAAAGAAAGCAGCUCCAAUGAAAGUAAGAGAUGAUGACCUCCUAUGUCAGCUACUGGAAGAGUUUCCCCACCUGCAUAUUUCCCACCAUGCUAUGAAUAAAAUGUGGCAGCAGCAGCUUGCACAUACUGAACAACUUAAGGCAGCUUCUGGCAGAACCAGAUCAAAACUCCAAAAUGAAGUUCAGCAAGCCCUGAAGAAGCAUGAACUUCUUGUUGCAAUUAUUAAAAAAGAUCAAGACCAUAACAAGAGACUGCAAGAAUUUAAGCAACGGAUCUGCCGACAGAAAUGGGCUCAGAAUAAAGUGAGAGAGAAACGCCAGCAAAUUGCUCGAGCCAGGAAAUAUUAUGAAGAUUACCGGGUUCAGUUGCGUGCCAAGAUGAUGCGGGCUAGGACACGGGAAGAAAGGAUAUUUAAAAACUUAUUUGAAGAAGGCUUAGAAAUUCAGAAGCAAAGACUGAAGGACCUGAGAGCAUAUGCUCAAGAGAAGCGUGCUGAGCAAAGGAGAGAGCAUCAAAAUGAGUUGGAGUCCAUGGAGAACUAUUACAAAGAUCAGUUUUCCAUGCUAGCAGAAACUUUAUCUCAAGAACGCCAAGAAAUGCAAACCAGAGAAAAAGCACAAGCACAGAUGCUACAGAAAACAAAAAGAGAAUUGAGAUCAAGGAUGGAAAAGGAAAUACAGCAACUGCAAGCAGCAAUCAUGCAAAGUGAUGAUGACACCUUUUUUCAAGAACUAGAAGCAGACAGACUGAAAUCUAGACUUCAGAUGGCUUCCUUUCACUAUAGCAAAAGCCGCUUCUUGUAA